AACUGCUGCUGGCAGAGAAAAGGUUAAAGAAUUGACGGCUUCAUUUACCUAAUUGGAAACAUUAAGCCCAGUUUUUCAGCACUGGAUGCGUCUGUCCUUUAUCCCCAUGUCUGAUUCCGGUUUAAUGAAAUGAUCCCAAAACGGUACAAUUAUCUCUAUAAGACUGGGAGUUGCUACAUGCCUGUCUGGGUGUGCUCCUUGUCUUGAUUGACAGAUGUUCAUCUUAUCUAUGAUGUUACGUGAUUGGAGCUUUUGUACCGGCACCUGUUAUUGGUGGAACUUAACCGCAAUCAUGGUUGAUGUAUUGUCCUUGAAAUAUCUUGUGCUGAGUAGAAGUGAUUGGCUUAUGAUCAAGUGUUGGGUACAGGAAACACGUACGGCUGCCUUCUUCGUACAAACGUAAAAAAACAACUUGUUUUUUACACAUCUGAUUUGGAAGACUGUUCCUCACAUGUAUUGGAUCCGCUCCCCAAGCUGUAGGUGCACCUGGACCUCUUCUUCUCUGUGCUCUUAAAUCCUCCUAGGAGUAAAACUUGACAUCACUAUAGGUUGUUGAUGAAAAGAAGCAGCACCCACAGCCCAACUACAUACGUGUUUGCUUGGAUAAGAAGAGGGAAACACAAAGCGGUAUUGUCAACAAACGAAUGAACAACAGCAUCAUGGAUCAUGUUACCAUGUCUUCAACCAUGAAUUCUACUUCAGAGAUCCAUGAGAUGUACUCACAAUCCAAACUCGAAGAAUAUAUUUUUUAUAUUACUUCUAUGGUAGUCUAUCUCGUCGUUUUUUUACUUGGGACAACUGGGAAUGGCUUGGUCAUCUGGAUUGCAGGUUUCAGGAUGAAAAAGACGAUCAAUAGCGUGUGGUUCCUUAAUUUGGCCAUUGCAGAUUUCCUCUUGACAUUGUUUUUGUCCCUCAUGUUUGUGUGUUUUGUCCUCUAUUUCCACUGGCCCUUUGGUACCUUCAUGUGCAAAUUAUACAGUAUUUAUUAUAUCAACAUGUUUGUCAAUGCCUUUCUACUCGCCGCUAUCAGUAUAGACCGGUGUGUCUCUGUUGUGUACCCUGUCUGGUCUCAGAACCACAGGACACCGCGCUUGGCCUCAUUGGUCACUCUGAUUAUUUGGCUUCUUGCCUUAUGUGCUAGUGUACCUUAUUUUGUUUUUAGAGACACAUAUGUAGAACAUGAUGGUUCUAUUACGUGCUACUUUGACUAUGGUUACACAUAUGGUGGUGAUUCAGGAAAACUAUAUGUCAAUGCCACAGUGACAACAGAAUUGAUUCUUGGCUUCUUCAUGCCUUUUGCUGUGAUUGUCUUUUGUUACACAGUGAUUGCCUUUAAACUCAAAAGGAAUCACACAUUCACAUCUACAAAGCCAUUCAAAAUUAUUGCUGCUGUUCUGAUAUCAUUCUUUGUCUGCUCGUUACCCUACCAUGUCUUCUCCUUUUCUAAUUUUUUUUGGUACACUGAUAAAGAUACAACUUUUCAAAGAAUUCUGGAUAUUGGAUUUCCCAUCGCCAUAUACCUGAUGUUACUCUACAGAUGUUUCAACCCUUUCAUUUAUUUCUUUAUGGGAAGGGAAGUUAAGGGCAUAUCCAGGAAUUCUAUCCAAGUUGCUCUUGAGAAUGCUUUCUCUGAGGACUCACCACAAACUUACCUUAAAAUCGAAAGCAAGACAACUGUAGAAUCCAGUUUGGUCUGAAAUCCAAGCUGAAGUUUGCAUUUACUACAAUAACCCUUUCAGCUUUCCUUAAAGGAACAGUUCAGUGUAAAAAUAAAAACUGGGUAAAUAGAUAGGCUGUGCAAAAU